UGAAACUCCACUCCAGUCCAGGUGGGGGCGGUAACGCUCCCAGUAGCAGCUUCUCCAACCGCCAGAAAUCGUUGGAGAAGAAAAAGCCAAUGUUCGCGUGUACAUUUUUAUCCGAGCGAAUCAUCACAAUAACAUCUUUCGGACAGUCGCUGUUUGUAUUUACCGAUAGAUGUGAUGUAGUUAAAAAUAAAAGCACGUUAUUGUGUCUAUUUCUGAGGAUUUAAAACCUCGUUCUGCUUUAGAACCCUGAGAGGUGUUAUAAUGAGAUCAGCAGGAAACAGACCACGCUCCUCCAGGAAGUCUCGGGCUCCUGAUCCUGCUCCUUCACAGCUGUAUGAGGACAUAAAAACAGAGACUUCAGGUGGAGGGAGAUCAGAUCCAGAGAACCCCCCUGUGGACCAGCAGAAUGGAGGAGUCCAUACGGAGAUCAGACCUCUCUGUGUGAAGAAAGAGGAGACGCUGGAGCUGAACAUCUACAACCAUGGAGACGAUUUCAACACCACACCUGAAGUUAUUUCCAUUAAAGAGGAAGAUCCUGACAAUAAAGACUCCCUCUUUUCUUUCCCUCCAGACUGUGAGGUUUGCAAAUCCUUCUUCUUCAACAAGUGUGAGGUUCACGGACCACCCCUCUUCAUCCCUGAUACUCCUGUUCCCAUGGGAGUCCCUGACCGAGCCAGACAAACUCUUCCUCCUGGACUAGAGAUUCGGAAGUCCGGUAUUCCUGAUGCAGGUCUGGGGGUGUUUAAUAAGGGGGAGACUGUUCCGGUAGGUGCACACUUCGGACCCUACCAGGGAGAGCUGGUAGACAGAGAGGAAACUAUGAGCAGUGGAUACUCCUGGGUGAUGUACAGAAGCAGGCAGUGCAAAGAACACAUUGAUGCCAAGAGAGAGAUGGAUGAUAACUGGAUGGGGUUUGUGAAUUGUGCUCAUAAUGCAGAAGAGCAAAAUCUUGUGGCAUUUCCAUAUCAAGGGGGGAUUCUGUACCGUUGCUGUCGACCCAUUAACCCAGGACAGGAGCUCUUGGUGUGGUACAAAGAAGAGAACACCAAAGAUCUCAAUCCUACUUUUGACUACCUCUGGAACCAAAAAUCCUCAAAUGAGGUAAACAACACUCUGUUGGAAGUCUUUUCCUGCUCCACAUUUGUUAUGGAGGCAUCACAAAUUGACCUCCACAAACAUUACGAAGAUUAUACGAGACCGCAAGAAUCAGGAGAGAUUAAACAGGAGAUUGAGAUUCCCUCCAAAGGCUCCAGUAGUCAGUCAACAUCAUCUGAUUCUCUGAGUUCUGAUACUUCUCACAAUGAUGUACAGAAGGAAAUUCACCACUCCUCAGACUGUGGAAAGCAUUUUGGGCAUCAUAAUGCUCUCAAAACACACCAGCGCAGUCACAGAGGAGAGAAGCCAUAUCACUGCUCACAGUGUGGGAAGAGUUUUACUCAAAAGGGUAGUCUUCAGCUACACCAGCGCAUUCACACAGGAGAGAAGAUGUAUCACUGCUCACUGUGUGGAAAGAGUUUUACUCAUCAGAGCACUCUACAACAACACCAGCGCAUUCACACGGGAGAGAAGCCAUAUCACUGCUCACAGUGUGGAAAGAGUUUUAAUCAAAAGGGUAAUCUUCAACUACACCAGCGCAUUCACACAGGAGAGAAGAUGUAUCACUGCUCACAGUGUGGAAAGAGUUUUACUCAUCUGAAUACUCUACAACGACACCAGCGCAUUCACACUGGAGAAAAGCCGUAUCAUUGUUCACUGUGUGGUAAAGGUUUUGCUCAACAGAGUACUCUACAACGACACCAGCGCAUUCACACAGGAGAGAAGCCAUAUCACUGCUCACAGUGCGGGAAGAGUUUUACUCAAAAGGGUAGUCUUCAAAUACACCAGCUUAUUCACACAGGGGAGAAGCCGUAUCAUUGCUCACAGUGUGGAAAGAGUUUUACUCAUAAGAGCACUCUACAACAACACCAGCACUUUCACACAGGGGAGAAGCCGUAUCAUUGCUCACAGUGUGGAAAGAGUUUUACUCAUCAGAGUACUCUACAGCGACAUCAGCGCAUUCACACAGUAGAGAAGCCAUAUCACUGGUCACAGUGUGGAAAGAGUUUUGUUUGAAAAGGUAAUCUUCAACUACACCAGUGCAUUCACACAGGAGAGAAGCAUCCAAACAUCCCAGUUCACUCAAUGCCUGUGAGCCCUCUAGAUCUGCUCCUUUACCUAAGAAAAAAAAAACUUGUUCACAAAAAGCUUGACUGUACAAAUAUGUCUUCACCCUGGACUUAAACACUGAGACUGUGGACUGUGCCCGAGUCCCGAACAUUAAUUGGAAGGCUGUUCCAUAACUGUGUCUCCAUUUACAUCUAUGAACUGAUAGCGAUCAGUCAAAUAAGGCCUAAGCCAGCAGAAGGCCUUUCCCGUAAUGACAACAUUUUAUAGUCUACCAAGGAGAAUAGUAUAAUCAGUUAUCAAUUUUAAGCAUUUUAAAAGGAAAUUGAGACUGGAGUCUUCGAGCUCAUCAUCCUCUGAUGACGAGUCGGGUGACUUUGGUUUAGAUCCAGGAGCCAUCAGUGUAGCUCCAUUGUUGAUUAAAGAAUUAUGGCAAAAAGAGGGGGAGGAAGCAAAAGUGACAAUAAAAUAUCGGCCCCUGAGCCAUGAGCGAGUAGAUAAAAAUGGCAAUGGCCAUCCUAGGGAAAUGGGCAUAGGUCCAAUUCUGACUUCUCAUGGAAAAUGCACUUGCACAACUUGCAUCCUUUGGAUGUCAUUGCCAUUUUCUCUCAAAUAUAUCUGUUUACCUAGGUGGAAAUGUUAAUCGACUUUUACAGUGACUGUGAAGAAAAGCAUUUGCUCGAUUCGGUCAGAGGUUUACAGAAAUGUAUUGAGCAUCCUUGAGCUAAUGUGUGGUUUUGUGGAAAGUGCUGAGUGUUGGCGCAAAGUUGUUGAAUGUCAACAAGACAGAAACGAAUCUGUAAUGGAACACACCCAGCGUUGUGCUCAAGUGUUUAUGCUAUGUGGAUUUUAUACAAAAUUUCUGAUGUUCUCUGCAGCCACGCUGCUGGUAGUCAAUGGGCUGAUGUCUUAAAACCUGACUUACACAAGGUUCUGAUGAUUUUAAACCCCAAGUGGCAUAGCAUAUGCCUCAGUAUUCUUUCUGAUAGCCUUGCGGCUUGUGAAAAAGAUUCAAAUAUGAAAACUCAUGCCUGCUGAAUGCUGUGAAUGCUCAAUCUGUUCAGCAAGAUGUGUGCCAGUACCAUCAUAAGCAGGAGCACUGGGAGCGAGCAUGUUGUAAAAAGAAAGCUUACCUGAAGAAGCGGAGUGAGAAAUGCGCUCCAACUUCCAGAGUCUCUCAGCCUGACUCACAAAGUGGGACUCUCUUGCCAGUGGGAGCAGGGCAAUUCAUUCAGCUGAUACAACAUCCCUCCCACUCAGAAUCUUUCCCCCACCUCCACCUGCUGGACAGUCUCAUCCUUUUUAGAGAUGUCCUCUGUGAGAGCAUUUUUGCAGCCAAUUACACAUGAGCAAGAUAACAUUGUAUUGUAUGUGAUAAUCACUCUGAAUGAUAAAGAAUACAGUAUUUUGACUGACACUAGUGCACAAAUAUCAGUCAUUCCUAUUGAGAUGGCUUGAGACUUUGGUAUGCGUUUAACUAGAACGAAUAUCAUCAUUUUUGGUGUGAUAGGAGAAAACUCACACUUAUAUAAAUUAACCUGUUUGUUUAUGUUUUGGCCCUAAGUCACUUGACAUCUCUCUUAUGGCAGCACAGAUUAGCACCUCUCCUAUUUUGGGCAUUGAUGUUAUCUCACAAUUACACAUGCAUUUGGAUUUGAGCCAGCUAAAAUUGAACUCUGUUCUUGCAGUUCAGGUGUCAGAUCCCUUGAUUGCUAAUGUUCCUAUUUGGGCUAAGGAUGAGAAUGACUGCUGGCUACUAGACAUAGAACCAGUACAUCUUACAAGUGCGCCCCCUCCCAUGACAAAACAGUACCCCAUUUCAAGGGAAGCUAUUCAGAGAAUUCGAUAAUUAUAACUGUCGAUGAUUUUGUCAACCGAGGCAUCCUUGUUAAAACAGCUCCUCCUCUUCUCUGUCCUGUGAGGAAAGCAGGAAAUGCUGAAAACUCCUUCUGCUGAUUGACAGUUUAUUAUCUGGUCACUAAAACCUACAUUGAUCGCAUUCCACCACGUGUAGCUGACCCGAACACCGUUUUUGAUAGAUUCCAAUUAUAUACACAGUGUUUUCUUGAUAUGGAUAAUGUUUGUUUUUUUUUUGUCUGUUUCUUUACAUCUAGAUAGCCAGCCAUGGUUAGCUUUCUUCUUUGAUGAUGAUCAGUACCAAUGGACAUGACUCCCACAAGGCCCUACUUUGGCGUUGUGGUGACCUCUGUCAGAAUUAGUGUCCAGUUAAAGAUUCAGUGGUUCUACCUUUAGCCUUUUAGCCCCACCUGGUAUGGAAUUGUAUAACAAAGAGUUAUUAGCAUUGCUCACACAUCUUUGUGCCCAUUUUCAUGAAGCUAACUUUGCCAAAGCUCAAUUAGAUGGGGCAAUUGGCUCAGCAUUCUUACAACACGUAAAAUUCCCCUGCAGAGGGCCAAGGUCACCAAUCCCUCAUUGCUAAUGAUGCAACUGCAAUGUCUGAUACCCAAGAUGAGUGGGUAUAGAUUGAUCACGAUCAUGAUUGGGUGAUGCAUUCACACUCACCGCCUUUGAGCAUUUCUGAGAUUCCUCUGGAAAAUCCAAACAAGAUUUUAUGUAUGUAUUUAUUUAUUUAUUUAUUUUAACAGAUGGUUCAGCUCAAGUUCUGAAUGGGUACAGACAUGCUGGAUGGGCUGUUUGCUCAUCACACAGAGUGAUUGCUCAGGGUCACCUCCCUGAUCAUCUCUCAGCCCAGCUUGCCAAACUUGUGUCUUUAACUAAUGCCUGUAUCUUAGCUACUGGCUGUACUUCUAAAGUUUACACAGAUUCACAAUAUGCCUUUGGUGUUUUGCAUGAUUUUGACAGUAUCUGGUGUGGAAGUGCCUUUUUGACAGCUGAAGGCACGCCCACCAAACAUGCCUCAUUUGUGUCUGACCUUUUGUUGGCAUAUGAAAAUCCAACAUGUUUAGCUGUGGUUACGGUUAAGGCGCAUUGUUACCUCAAAACUGUUUGAGGGUUGAGGUAAUGCUAUGGCCGAUACUGCAGCCAAAGCAGUGUGCAGUCUUCCUUCUGUCUCAGUUUUAUCUGCCACAAUCUCAAAACCUUAAAAAAAAGUGUGUGGUCAUUUGUGGACAAGGGUUUAAGUCUAGAUUUUGCUGGCACAUGGACGAAAGGAGGUUGAUAUGUGGCUCCUGAGUCUUUGCUACCAUACUUAGCUCAACAAAUCCACAGUCUAGGACAUGUGGGUGUCCAGAGUAUGGUUCACCAAUUCCCUUCUACAUGGGGGGAAACAACGUUGUGCAGGAAAUUAUGAGAAUGCUAAGCGUUCAAUGUAAGCUUCACUGUCCAUACAGGCCUCAGGCUUCUGGACAGGUUCAGUGUCAAACCAGACUUUGAAAAAUGUAUUGUCCAAGUUACACCAAAGUGGGGUCUUGUGGGUGUAUGCAUUGCCUGCUGUUUUGUGGAGUAAUCAAUCCACACCCACAAGAGGGGUCAACCGAUGGCCCUACCAGGGACAAUCAGUUUGCAUCUUACCUCAGAGAUGCUAAUGAAGUAUUUUCAAGAGCUCAAUGGAAGCUGAUAGCUCUGUGCAAAACUUGUGUCCAGGAGGUGUGGACCUAAUUGCAAAAGGGUGGACAUGCUAUUGUGCCAGGACAGUAGGUGAUGAUCAAAAACCACACCGCUGGUCCAUUAGAGACAAAAUGGAAAGGUCCUUUCCAAGUCUCCUUAGUGACUGAUUCGGCAGUGUUAUCAGGGACGUAAGAUGUGGAUACAUGUAUCACACUGUAAAGUGGUAUUACCACCUAAAUAGGGACAGUUUGGGAGGAUUUGAUGGCAUUUAGGCAUUGGGAUUUGUUUGUUUGCUUUUGCAGGAAAAACAAAGUGAGGUAUCUCUGAAGUUGGUGUGGGUGCUACAAGAGAACCAAGAGACUAUACAUUGGGUUCCCUCUGACUCCCAGUUGGCCCCAUUCUGCACCUCAGCGUUGUUCACGAUCUGUACACACUGUGCUGAAGCAAGACCCAUCCAUCCUUGCCAACAUCACAACACAAGAGACUGACUUUGAUUCUAUACUUUGAGCAGAACCUUCAGGCAACAUCAUUGAUUACAAAUUAGUCACAGUCACUGGUAUAACAUUAUACAACAAUAAAUGGCCACUCGGCCUAAAGGUCGUUUGAUCAGGUAUUUUAAGAAGCCCAAGUCCCCUACGGUGUGGGGAACACCUGUAAAAGUUGUAAUUUUCAUGCUCAGUUCAUGCUAUAACGACUUAUCUACCUCACACAGUUAAAAUCGAAGAGUUAGAAAUACAUCAGUUAAAGUCUCACAUGAAGGUUAAGGUUUUCGUAAAGAUACUUCAGCAAAACCUACACUUUUUGGGUCAUCAUUCAGGUUCUGUGCUUACAGGUACUGAUAAUCUUAGUAAGGGGUCGGAAAUUUUCUAAAUAUAUAAUGGUAAAGUUGAGGUUUUGGACACUUCCACUCAGAUUUAUUCUUUUGACGCUAUUAAGGUGUCAGCAUCUGACCAGUUCUGUGUUAGGCUCUGAUGAUGAUAAGGGAAACUUUGCAAACUUAGUUUACAUUAAUUCAGAACACUCUGUUCUCAGGCUGCGAGGUUAGCACUCCUCAGUAAGUGUUUAGUCUGGCAUUGUGUGGGCAGGACACACUAUUUCAGCCUGUGACACACGUGCUUUGCUACACAAAGAUGUUUCCUCAUUUAAUGUCGCUGCAUGCCAUGAUGUUACACAAGCAGUCACCACUUAAUGCUGUAUUCCAGGCUUCUUGAUUUGUAAUCAAACCUACCACCCUCCUCAUAGUGUCACUGACUUCAUCAAUCCAUCUGUGUCCUUGGUGUGUAGAAAACUGUAGAAAAAGCUGGGUUACACUCAAUAGGUGAAAUUUCUAAGGCAUUAUGUAGCAUAACCAUAGAAUUAAACAAAUAUCAUCUAAGAGGUGUCUCUCAUCCAUCUCGAGCCCAACUAAAGUUCACAGCUCACUCAAUUGAGGUUUGUAUCUCUUAAUCUGGUCCUUUAGAUAAAUUGGCUAUCAAUCAAUAAAUGUUGUCGUAUUUUAGGCGCUUCAGGUAUGUAAUGAUUGUGUGGUAGCACUCCCUAUAGUGAAUUGCCUGCCAGGUUCAGUAGUUGAUGUUCAUUGAUCUUGUCACGAGACCACUCUUAUCUUAACCUCACGUAACCAUAUGCCUAAUGCCUACAUUUUUUCUAUGCCUGGCACGUGGGUAAAUGAGUAAAACCUUAUUUUAGGAUAUGUAGAUAGAUAAUCACCCGGCCAGCGCACAGUAAAGUACAAUACAGUGUAUAGUAUGUAGAAUAGUACUGGAGGUUUAAGCAUGCUUUAAUGGAUGAUAAUAGAGGGGAGAAAUAUGAAAUAUUCUAAUUUUUCCCCUUAUUUUCCAUAUUUAUGUUGCAUGAUUCAAUCAUUUAAGAUCACUUCAAUGGGAUUUUUGCUUACUCAUGGUCUAAUGGUGCUUUUGGGUUUCUGUCCUUAAUUAUGUUUUUGUCAAGAUGUUUCUGUUCUUGAUUAUGCUUUUGUCUUGUGGUUUUUCUUUCAUGUUUUUCUCUUAUUAGCCUUAGGUAUGUCGUUUGCACAUACACCUCAAUAUAAAAGCUAACUGUAUCCAACUUAUAUUUAGACUAAGUGACUAGAGACUAUUGCUCGGGCUGUCUUCGUGUGCAUAAUAAACCAACUCUUUGACUCAAAACAUUUACAUUUUAACAUUUGGCCCUUAUCCAGAGUGACUUACAUUUAUCUCAUUUGUACAAGUGAGCAGUUGAGGGCCUUAUUCAAGGGUCUAGCAGUGGCUGGUUAGCAGUGCUGGGAUUUGAACUCAUGACCUUCUGAUCAGGAGUCUAACAGCUUAACCACUUAACUACUACCGCCCCAAACAACUUUUAUAACAGAUAACACUUU